UCUACUCGCUCUAACUUUCGGAGUGUUCAGGAGUUCGGAGAGUCUCUGACAUUUUACGCAGCGCCACAGCUCUAACAAACCCCCCAGCGGAAAGGACCCCCGGCGGAAAGGACCCACCAGCAGACAGGAUCUCCCCCCUGUGGAUGAAGUCCCUGCGGCGGUGGCACGCAGAGGAGCAGCGCGUUUCUUCCCUUCUCUUGUGAACGCGUGAACGCGGUGCAGCGGGACUCACAGGGACUUUUUCUUUCCCCCACGUCUGCAGCCUGUGGUCGGUGUAAAAUGGGCUCUGCGACCCCUCGGAUCUGUGGACUUAUCCUCUGUGUGAUCCUCACGGGCCAGCUGACUGUGAGUCAGGCCUCCAAGGUGUGGGGAGAGGUCCCUCUGCCAGAGGACCUGGAGGAAGACGUGCAGGCGUCCCGCAGUUUACUGGACGAUGACGAGGACUUUGCUGCAGAUGAAGCUUCAGGAGAUCUGCCCAGUGGAGAAGACGAUGGCAGCACGCCGUGGCCCCCGGUCUCCGAGAGCACAAUUUAUUACCGAGCGCUCGUCAACUUCACCGACUCCCUGGUGUACGGCCCCGAGUUAGAGGACAUCUUCUCCUCCGCCUUUAACGAGAUCUCUGAGGCGGUGGUGGACACGCUGGAGUCGGACUACAACCGGAUUCCAGGUGUCCAGACGGUCAGCGUGGUGCUCAUCAAGAAGAUGAUCAGAGAGGACGGCGUGGACGUCUUCGUGGAGUUGGAUGUGGGCUCUGACUACAACAACAAUGACGAACAGAUCCGCAGCGUGCUGUAUAACGUGGUGAAGGAGGGGGCCAUCGCCUCCUACAUCACGUCAGUCCAAGGCUUUCAGUUCAGACAGCUCGGGGAAGAGAAACCUCUGCCUCCAGUGGAGCCUCUCGCAGUGCCAGUAACCCCCGGCAUCAGACCCUGCAUGUCAGAUGAGCACAGGUGUGGUGACGGGACAUGCAUCCUGAUGGAAUACCUGUGUGACAACAGACCCGACUGCAGAGACAUGAGUGAUGAGAACAACUGUGACACAAACCCUCCGGACCCCCCACUCACCACCACCACCACCACCUCCACCACCACCAUCAAGAAGCCCCCGCGGCCCCCCAGCCCCCCAGGACCCUGCAGAGCCGAUCAAGCCACAUGCCAGAGCGGAGAGUGCAUCCCCCGAGACUACGUGUGUGAUGGGGAGGCAGACUGCUCGGACGGGAGCGACGAGUUCAGAUGUGGUACGCCCUCUCCCUGUGAACCCAAUGAGUUCAAAUGUAAAAAUGGCCGCUGCGCCCUCAAGCUCUGGCGUUGUGACGGAGACAACGACUGUGAGGAUAACUCUGACGAGACAGACUGCCCCACAAAGGGUCCAGGCGACAGGUGCGCUCCGGAGCAGUUUGAAUGCCUGAGCGAUCGCACCUGCAUCCCAGCGAGUUACCAGUGUGACGACGAGCCGGACUGCCCGGACCGCUCGGAUGAGUACGGCUGCACCCCUCCCUCCGUGACGAGCCCUCCGGAAGAAUCCAUUCAGGCAGCCCGGGGGGCGACGGUGACGUUCACCUGUCAGGCUGUUGGAGUGCCAACACCCAUCAUCACCUGGAGACUGAACUGGGGGCACAUCCCUCUCAGCGGCAGGAUCUCUAUGACCAGCGAGAACGGCCGCGGCAGUCUGACCAUCCGCGAUGUGAAGGAGGCGGAUCAGGGCGCCUACACCUGCGAGGCCAUCAACGCUAAAGGCUUGGUGUUUGGGAUCCCUGACGGAGUGCUAACACUCACCACCGGCCCAAAUCCAGGAAACUGCUCCGCGGGUCACUUCAGUGUGGAGGGACGCUGCGUGUCCUGCUUCUGUGCCGGACUCUCCAAGAACUGCAAGAACACCGGCCGCUACCGCAACCAGAUCAGCCUGCGCUUCACAGAGGAGGAAAACUUCAAAGGAGUGAACGUCACCUACCCGUCCCGGCCGGGCACGCCCCCUCUGUCCUCCACGCAGCUGCUCAUCAACCCUGAGAUGGAAGAGUUCCAGCUGGUUGACCUGUCCCGACGUUUCCUCAACCUUGACUCCUUCUGGACGCUGCCUCGACAGUUCCUGGGCAACAAGAUUGAGUCGUACGGAGGAUCCCUGAAGUUCAAGGUGCGCUACACGUUGGCCCGCGGCCUGUCGGAGCCUGUGGAGAAGCCCGACGUCACGCUGGUUGGAAACGGACGCAGGCUGGUGUAUCGCAGAGGAAGCCCCGCCCCUCCCGGACUGCUCAACCAGAGGGAGGUCAAGUUCACUGAAGACAAAUGGCAGCACUCCAACGGGCGCGCUGUGAGCCGGGAGGAGCUGAUGAUGACGCUCGCCGGUCUGGACAGCAUGAGCGUCCGAACCGUCUACGACAACCACAUGGUCAGCGUGGCGCUCAGUGACAUCGUCAUGGAAACCACCACCGUGGACUUCAGCAUCCUGGGUCAUGUGAAGGGUGUGGAGGAGUGCAGAUGUCCUCCUGGGUACUCGGGUCUGUCCUGCGAGACCUGCUCCUCCGGUUUUGAGCGGGUCCCCGGUGGAUCGUACCUCGGCACCUGCGCCGGCUGCAACUGCAACGGACACGCCAGCGCCUGUGACCCCAUCAGCGGACACUGUCUGAGCUGCCAGCACUACACAGAAGGCUCUCAGUGCGACAAGUGUCGCUCCGGAUACUUCGGAGACCCGAGCAGAGGGCGGCCCGACGACUGCAAGCCCUGCCCCUGUCCGUACUACGAGACCUCGCGCCGGUUUUCUGACAGCUGCUUCCUGGACGUUGACCUGCAGCCGACCUGUGACGCCUGCAGGCCCGGCUAUACAGGAAGACGCUGUGAAAAGUGUUCUCCAGGUUACCAGGGGAACCCUCUUCUGCCCAAUGGACACUGUGUUGCUAUAACAGGCGCCAAAUGUGACAACAAAGGAAGCAUCAGCUCCAGCAGCAGACCGUGCAGCUGCAAGAACAACGUGGCAGGCGAUCUGUGUGACGAGUGUAAGGCGGGCUUCUUCCACCUCUCAGAGAGGCCUGAGGGCUGCCUGCAGUGCUUCUGUAUGGGCGUCACCAAGCAGUGCUCCAGCUCCACCUGGAGCAGAGACCAGGUGCGAGGCGGCGUGAGCGGGCAGCUCUUCUCCCUCUCCAACAGCGGCAGCACUAAGACCAUCUCUGAGGGAAUCUCCCAGAGAGGCUCGUCUGAAGUCGUGUUCCGCUCCUUCUCCAGCGUCCCCAGAGACAUCUACUACUGGCUGCUGCCCGACAGCUUCAGAGGAGAUAAGGUGACGGCGUACGGCGGGGAGCUGCGCUACACGGUGAGCUUCGAGCCGUUUCAGCGCUCUCUGGUGAUCGACGGGCAGCCAGAUGUGGUUCUGCAGGGGAACGGUAUCUUCCUGGAGCAUUUCUCCCACAACAAGCCGCAGCCUCGAGUCCCACAAGCUGUCAGUGUGACCUUCAGGGAGUCUGCAUGGCGGCGUGCUGACGGGCAGCCGUGCACCCGGGAGCACCUGCUGAUGGCGCUGGCUGACGUGAGCGUCUUCAUGAUCAGAGCCACCUACGCAGACAACAUGGCUGAGAGCAGCAUCUCAGACAUCCAGAUGGACGUCGCUGUUCCUCGCUCCACCGGGAACGAGCGCGCUGUGGAGGUGGAGGAGUGUGUGUGUCCGAAGGGCUACAGAGGCCCGUCCUGCCAGGACUGUGAUGCAGGCUACACUCGCACCAGCUCAGGACUCUACCUGGGCACCUGCGAGAGGUGUGACUGCAACGGGCACGCCAGCAGCUGUGACACGGAGAGCGGCAAGUGUCUG